AUGGCGGCGCGGGCCGGGCUGUGCUGCCGGGCCGGGCUGUGGUGCGGGGCCGGCGGGGGGCUCCCAGCCGCGCCUCGCUGGGGCCGCGCCGCUUAUUCCUCGGCGCCCGCGGUGAGCGGCAAGGAAGGGCCGCAGCAGCGGGAAGCUUCAAUAAGGAGAAGAGGCAGGACACCACAGUUUGCUGUACCUCCCAGAACAGAGAGGAUGGCUGUGGAUCAGGACUGGAGCAGUGUUUAUCCAACAGCAGCUGCCUUUAAACCUGCCUCUGUGCCUCUCCCAAUCCGAAUGGGUUACCCAGUGAAGAGAGGAGUACCUCCCCCAAAAGAAGGCAACUUAGAACUUAUUAAGAUUCCCAAUUUUUUGCAUCUUACUCCUCCUGCAAUUAAGAAGCACUGUGCAGCUCUUAAAGAUUUCUGCACUGAAUGGCCAAGUGCUCUGGACAGUGAUGAGAAAUGUGAACAGCAUUUUCCCAUUGAAACCGAAACUGUAGAUUAUGUUUCUUCAGGGACGUCUAUUCGCAAUCCCAAAGCAAGAGUGGUGACUUUAAGAGUUAAACUUUCUAACCUGAAUUUGGAUGACCAUGCAAAGAAGAAGCUUGUUAAACUUGUAGGAGAGCGGUACUGCCAGGAGACAGAUGUGCUCACAAUUGUCACAGACAGGUGUCCCCUAAGAAGACAGAACUAUGAUUAUGGCAUGCACCUGCUCACGGUUCUGUACCAUGAAUCUUGGAAAACUGAGAAGUGGGAGAGUGAGAAGUCUGAGGAAGAUAUGGAAGAGUAUAUCUGGGAAAACAGUCGCUCUCAGAAAAAUGCCUUGGACACACUGCUUCGAAUAAAAGCCUCAGAGAAUGUCAGUAAUGUCUCUAAGGAAGAGCUGCUUGGAUCUGAAGUGGUUAAGAAUUACAGAAACUCUGUAAUUGCACUUAAAAAUGAAGGUGAAACAGAAAGUAACAUGUCUCAGUAUAAGGAAUCUGUGAAAAAGCUGUUGAAUAUACAAGCAUGAAAGCAGACUCUGCAGAUACACCUGAUCAUUAUAGAAAUAUUAAGCUACUAUUAAUAUUUCUUAGUGACAUGGAUAUAUAAUUAUUCAGAACCUUAACCAAAAGUGUGAAACUUGAUGUUGAUAAUCACAGUAGUAAUCAGUUUUCUCUUUAGUACUCAAUUUUUUUUGUAAGCAUAGUUGUCCUGUCCACGAAUCUUGUUCUUUGAAUAAAGUAUGUUUGGAUUCAUAUUGAUAACUUGGACAUUUUAUUCCGUGUUUGCUUAGCAUGGGAGAUCCUGUUUCAGUCCUCUGCUUAAUCACACUUUGAUUUCUCACAGAACUUUUUAAGGCAUAUAACGUAGAGCAACAAUGUCAAAACUUAAGCUCCCAGUUCCAUUAAUUAAAAGUCUGAAAGUUAAGAACUCUAAACUUUCGAAAUGCUUUUCAAAUGUCACUCAGAUUUUGCUCUAUCUUUACUCCCUAUCUGUAAAAUAAAGAUAAUGUGUCUAAGCAGUUUUAACUUUUGGAGAGGUGUUGAAGCACAUGGGAGAGUGUGAGGUACUCAGCUGUCACCAUGAGGGCUAACAAAUACCCUAAGGAAAAAUGCCUGUCUCUAAAAUGAUGGAAUAAAAUGAGGUAGAAAAUGGGAUGGUAGUGGGAAUGUGAACUAGCAGUUGUUGAGAAAAUUCCAAAGCACAUGGGAAAGAAGAAUGAUGAGAGUUGCUAAAAGUACGAGCUGGUGAGUAGUGAGGUAUGUAGCUAAAUAGGAAUGGACUCAGUCUUGGUGCCCUGAGGCCUGCUGAGUUCUCUCUUGAAUCUACCCAGGCUUUUCAAGGGGAAAAAAAAAUGGUUUUAGCAUCCAGCUUACUGGUAUGCAGCACAGAGAGAGAAACUAUAUGGAUGUUUAGCUUAUAUUGGGUAAUUUGUAUUUGAAAGGCAUUGAUUUGAAACACUGGAAUCACAGGCAACUUUUAUUGCCUUCUCACAGCAAAAAACCAAAAGCAAAACAAAAUCCCCACGUAAAAAUAGCAGCUUUCAGGACAUAAGUAACUCUUGCUUUUAUUGUACCUUCCUGGCUUACUGAGAUUUCAGCUUAGAAAGUCAUUCUCUGGAAGGGGCAGAGGGAGUUAAGGAUUCUGCAUACCUAUGAAAGAACCACACAUGUGGCCCUGCCAGCAGCUCGCUGAGAGAGAACAGUGUAAGAAUAAGGACAUAGAAAAGUGAAGGGAAUUGAUUCCUGCAGUGUUCUCUGUGGCUUGACUCUCUCGCUGCUAGGAUUUCUCACUGUCUGUUUUGUGUUUACAUACAGCCACAGAGUGCAUGUAUUCCCACUUCCAAAACACUGUCAGUUUUGGAAGGAUUGUUUUGUCGGUUUGGAAGGUCAAGAUUGUUUUCGUAUGGUAGGAGGCUGAGUUUAAUGCAGUUUUUUACUUCCUAUGAGAAUUUGCCAGAGCUGUAGCUAAGACUGAAAAUGCUUGUCCUGUAAUCCCAGUUUUGCACUUAGUUAUUUAGUGGUCCUUCCUAUUAGAUUUGUAUUAAUGUGAAGCUUUAGCAGAAGCUUGAUAUGGGGGAAAUUUCAGCUGUUACCAGGUUGUUCCUUUGUUCAGGGAUAAGGAGGGCAAUGUUUAAAAUUCUCAUUUGAAAUAGUACAUCUGUGUGAUUCCAAAUCUUUUUUGAACAGCCAUGAAACCAAAAUUACUGAGGAAGUAACUGCACUUUGACUCAGAGAGUGGUAUGGGUGGUGCCUGGAGUUGUGCCUGGCUCUAUUCCAAAGGCAGUUCUGUUCUAGUAUGUACACAAGGGAAAUUUGUUUCCUUAAUUAGCUUUGUCAGUGCUUGCAGAAGGACUGGCAUAUGAGCAAGUGUAUGUAGCAACUUCUGUUUUGCAUGUCUUGUACAAGAUUGUCAAGAGUAAUGCCCUUAAGUGUUUUAGAAAACCUCAUAAGCUUGUCUCCAUAAAGUUGUCCUUUACUGCUCAGGACAUAUGAGCACCUGAUAAAAUCCUCUCUGUGGCAGAGGACAACUCAAUUUUCCUUUGCUCUUUGUAGACUUUGAAUGGACCUAAGUAGAACUCUGGAAGUCAUAGUUAAAAUAACAAUUUGAUGUUACUAAUUCUGCUAUCUGGUAGAAAGAAGAGCAAGGGAAACUGAUUUUUUAUUUGGUUGUAUCAUAGCUAAUUCAUGGAAAACUUAAAAUUCACAGGCUCCUACAGCUCUGUCUGAAGAUUUCAAGCCUCCCUUAUGUACAUUCUCUAAAUGUUUCAAUACAGGCAGGAUAAAAGGUGAUUGUCUCCUGAGCACCAGGACAGUCAAAUGUCUCUGCUAACAACAGAUGAUGCCUACGGGCCAAGAACAAUGUUGGGAAUAAUUCAUUGUGUUCCUAACCAGAUCCAACAGUUCCCAUCAGAAGCUGAAUGUCAAGGAUACUCAUUUUCCAGUAGUAUCUGGCUAUAGAACACCUUGCCAGCUGGCCUUGGAAAUCUGCAACCUUGGUUUUCAAUGGUACUUCCUCUCCUUGCUAAGAAACCUGUCAGGAAAACUAGAAACCUUUAUAAUCCUGUAAGUGCCCAAUCAAGCUUCUAGAAUCAAAGGCAAUAUAAAAUUCAGACUAACACUUGUGAUUUUUACUGAUGGUUUAUAUGUUACAGGACAGCCCGUGUAGUGCACUGGACUGGAUCAAAGGCAGCCUGGAUGCUAUUUUGAGCUCUUUCUCAUCUUGGAAGUUUCUCUCUGGUUCUGUCCUUCUCCCUCUGAGCUGUUUGUGUUUGAAGGUGACAGCAUUUCUCUGUAAUUAAUGUAGAAUACCUGGAGCACUGGGAUCUUAACUCCAGUGGGAGUCUCAGUGAUGUAUAAUGUAGCACAUGUUUUUAUGAAGUAAAUGACACAUCUCUAUUUUCCCGCUGAAAUUUAAAACCUGUGAAGAGUUAGAGAUUAAUAGACUUCCACGUUAAAACACCUCUACAGGACAAUAAUAAAUCCAUCCUUAGCAAUGGUCACUUACUAACAUAUCAUGUACAUUAUAAUACAAACUAAUGACUAAGGUGUGCAUCCCUCUGCACGUACCUGUGUGAAUGGAAUACUAGUAAUGCUUAGUUUCACUGGUGCUCUUGAGGAGACUAAUCUUUCUUUUACCUCCCAUAUAAACAUUCCAAAGAGUGGACACUUUUACCCUGUUUUCAGGCAUAGCAUUGCUAAGUAAAGGAUAAAGGGACGGUUACCUAAAAAGGGAUGUGCUGUCUGGACAAACCAUCUUCUUGCUUUCCCUCAUACCUAAAAUGUAUGUAUUUAUUUUCUUGUGACUCUCUUAGUCUGUAAUAAAAGAAUUCUGCUAUUGUGCUUCAUAUAA